UUCGGAUACUAUCUCAACAAGUUUCUUGCUUCUCUGACUCGUCGAAGGCUUGCUUCUUCGAAGCUUCCUGAGGGUUGCGACCACAAACUCUCCCUAUCUCCUAACAUUCGCACAACCGCCACGCUGCCAAGAUCGACGUACCAAUCCCCCAUCCUGUGUGACAUUCCCCCAAGGCUUCCGGUCGUUACAGUCGGUGGCGGGCACCCCGUGUAUCCGUGAUCAUGGCCCUGAGCCGCUGGCAUGAAACAUCCUCUGAGGAUAGUCCUCCCGCAUGUUAAAGCUGAGCGCAUAGCCACCCGCAUGCGCGUACGGUGAUCUUAACAGACAUUCUUCUUUUUGCAUGGCAUCUUAGCGCAUCGACCGUUACAAGGUCUACUGUACACGGCACCAUGACUCGCUCAGCGAUACUAUCACCAGCGUUGCUUCUCGGAGCAAAGGCAUUCGCGGCAUACGACAAGUUCCACUACACCACCGAGGCUUCAAAUUGGCCUUGUCCGGGAAUGUCAUGGAGUUGCAUCGCGCCGUCGAUAUGCGCUCACGAUGGUCUGACCGAUCUGUACAACUGCUGCGAUACGGAUGCGGAGGAUGCAGUCUGUUGGAACAACGCGACACCGUGUGAGGGAGAGGAGGAAAAGACGCCGGCUUCAAAUCAGAUUGGGUGCUCGAGCGGCGCGAAUGCUUUCUGCUGCUUGAAGGGAAGAGAAGAAUGUACACAACGGUUUAAUCAAAUCAACGUAUGCUGGGAAAUAGCAGACGAUCCAUUCCGCAAUGUCAGCCAGGCGAAAAUGAACGCAACUUUCUCGUCACUAAGCUCUGCGAGUCCAUCAGCAAGCAAACUUGCCGUUACCGACAUUGCCAUCCUUACCGCGACCUCUACAUCAAUUGCAUCAACAAUUACUUCAACUUCCACGCGCAAAUCACGAGCCCUGUCCGCAGCAACAGACGUCUCCACAUCGUCCCUCCUGGCAAACGCGCUCAACACCGCGAGCGCAGAACCCGAAGAACCCAACCCCAAGACCGGCGCCUCAGGAGGCACGAUAGGCGGCGCCGUCGUCGGUGCAGUAGCCGGUAUGGCGCUCAUCGGCGGCGGGUUCUUCUUCCUCUUCCGCCGGGGGCGAGAAUCGGACUCAGCACCGAAAGGCAGCGAGCUGGACUGUCACGGCUCGGCGAAUCCUUACCUUGUGAACCAAACGCAAAUGCAGUCGGUGCCACAGGAAAAGUACGCGCAUGAGGUUGCGGCGCAGGCGGAUUCAGAGUAUCCGCCGCAGGAACUGUCGGCGACUAGUCGGCCAGCUGAGAUGGAUGGGAGUGGGAUUCAGCCGAAGGUGCCGCAUUCUUUUGCAUAGAGGCGACAUUGAGAGAGACGAUGUGUUCUACAAGAGUACUAAAGAUUACCUUCAAAGGCCUCGGGGUCAUAUGUUACGCAGCUAGACUAGGUACUGUCAGAUGGAUUUCCAGUGUCUCUAGGGCCAGCAUUACACGGGGUAUAUAAGAGGCUGGUACUAUGAGGUCUCUUCCGAAAUCUCUCCAAGAGUC